UUUUCAAGUUUGAUAUUGUUGUUACUUCUGAACAAAGCACGUUUUUUGUGCGUUAACAUGAUAAUAGGAGAAUAAUUUUGCGAUGGCACAGAUGACUUAUAUAAAUCUGUAGCCGCUAAGCAAUGCUUACAAGCUUGUCCAAAAAGUCGGAUUUCGACAGAAUUUUUGCUUGUUUGUUAUCGACAGAAGAAUUGUACAAGUAUUCUGUCUAGCACAACAAUUAAUGACGGGAUAUUGUAUCUCGCGCGUUAGAACGAAAUCUAUAAAGAGCCUGGAUCUACCACGCUGCUGGAGAAAAAUGUAAUGAAGUGUUGCACUCUAACUUUAAAAGCCAAUAUACCAUGACCUCCGGGUAAAUGGCUGCUCGCCAAAUACUCUGCUCUCCAUGGACGUCCGGCUGCAAUGGGUGUGCGCUCUAAUUCGCCCUUUCGAAAAUGGAUGCCGCAGUCUGGUCGUCACCCGCGGCGUCGUUCGGUGUCUACUGCAUCACGCAAGGAACGUCGAGAGUAUCAGUAUUCCCCGCUCAAAAAUGAGGAAUUUGUCGACCCCAGUCCUUCGCAAGCGACGGUAGCGUCACGUUGGCUGUACACGAAUGAAGGGAAGGCCUGGGUCACGGCAAAGCCCCCCGCUGACAAGAAGAGCGUCGUGCAGCAGGUCAAUGUGGACGUCAGCACUAUGGACACGGAGUCGCUCAUGGACAAUGAUCGAGCGCGUGCCACAUAUUUCAACGACGGACAGCGACCCAUUGAUUUCGUUCUGGUUUAUGAAAUCAAACGACACCAUCUUGAAGCUCUGAAUCCGUAUCAAAUUGAUAAGCGUGAACGGUUUCUGCGAGGGGUGGAAGAAACUGGUAUGCAACUGGAAAAAAUGAAAGCCAUGCAAAAAGCAGGUCACAUAUCCACCUUUGUGAAAAUCCAUUGUCCCUGGGACAUACUGCAGGAUUGGGCAGAAAAGCUUAGGAUCCCGGCUCCGCUACAAGAAGCUCCUGGUAUAGUGGAAAACUGGUCUCAGAAAGUGUUGCAGUUUCUGAAAAUCCCCUCCGAUUGGAACAUAAUGGCCCGCGAAGUACCCCACCUGCCUGUACAUUAUUAUACUGCCCAGUUCCGUGCUGAUCGGCUACAACAUUACGUUUUCAAGGACGAUCCAACCAAGUUGUUCAGCCGUUCCCAGCGCAGUUAUAUCGUCAGCGAGAUCCUGCAGACCGUUGUGUAUGGGGAUGAGCGGAAGGGGCAGAUGGGGUUGCCGCGGUUGUUGUCAGAAGGCGUGUUUCAAGCGGCUUUUCCCUUACACGAUGGACCGCUAGAUGCCGAGCUGACAGCAAGGAGACGAAAUGCCCACUCAAAUCAGAGGCAAAUUUUACGCGAUCACUGGGCUGAUUUUAAGUGCUUCUUCCGCUAUCAACCCAUUGGACACAUUCGGAGUUACUUUGGUGAACAGAUUACGUUGUACUUCGCGUGGCUUGGUUUGUACACGGGCUGGCUGAUACCCUUGGCGCUAGUGGGCAUUGCUGCCUUCCUUUACGGUAUUGUCACUAUUCCCGAGGACCCCAUCGUCCAAGAAGUAUGCAACAAAGGUGAACACUACCGCAUGUGCCCGGUGUGCGACAAUUGUCCAUACUGGCAGCUUAAAGAAGCCUGCGGCGGAAAGAAGAUUGGCUACCUUUUCGACAACUACGGGACCUGUGUGCACGCCUUCUUCAUCUCACUUUGGUCGGUUAUGUUGGUAGAGUUCUGGAAGCGGAAGAACGCUGAGCUGACACACUUUUUCGACUGCGAUGACCUGCAAGAAGAGAUCGAGCACCCGCGGGCGGCGUUUACGCGGUUUGCGCCCAUGAUGAAACGAAAUGUGGUCACCGGGCAGUUGGAACCGUUUGUACCGCGAACGACAUUGAUACUGCGCAGGCUAACCAGUUGGAUUGCUAGCAUAUCUUUCGUCCUACUCAUAUUUCUGGUGACCUUUGGUGUCAUUCUAAUACGGACACAAUUACGGGCGGAACUUAUAAGGAAGUAUGGCUUAAGCAGCCUCCAUGCGAAAAUUGCCGGACCAGUAGCAACGUUGGUCAAUCUGGCGACGAUUUUAGCGCUGAAUUACGUCUACGUUUAUAUCGCGGCGAAAUUAACCGAAUGGGAGAUGUACCGAACACAGCGAGAGCACGAAGAAAGUCUAGCUUGGAAAGCCUAUUGGUUCCAGUUCGUAAACGUUUUCGCCCCUAUGUUCUAUCUGGCUUUUGUCAAAGGCCGCUUCAUCGGCUCACCCGGUCACUAUCGCCGCGUGGCCGGGAUGAUGCUGGAGACUUGCGAUAUCGGAGGGUGUUUUGCCGAACUGGGAGUACAGCUGAUCAUUACGAUGUGCGGCAAGCAGAUUAUCUGCAAUAUUGCGGAAUACGUUUAUCCAAUGCUUCAACGUACGGUGAAGAUCCGCCGCGGCCGCAUUCUUUCCACUACGGAAUUGAAUGCCACGUUUCUGGAUCAGCAGUACAAGUUGCUGCCGUAUAUGGGUUUAACUGGCGAAUAUAUGGAAACAGUAAUUCAGUUUGGAUUUAUCGUUCUGUUCGGAGCCGCAUUUCCUUUGGGUGCUCUCGUGUCGCUCUUGAGCAACAUAUUCGAAAUCCGACUUGACGCUCACAAGCUCAUUGUCAACUGCCGGCGACCUUUGGCACUGCGAGCCCGGUCGAUUGGUAUUUGGUUACAUGUACUGCGUUGGAUGACGGUUUUAUCGGUGUGGGUCAAUGCUUUCCUAAUCGCAUUCACCUCGGAUACGCUAGCGGAGACUUUGUACGCCAUAGAGCAUAAGGGCUCCAUGGUUGGAUACAUUAAUCACUCACUGGCCAUCACGCCGGUCGGCGUGGGACCUGAGCGAUGUCGAUACGAAAGUUUCCGCAAUAUCCAGGGGGAUUUCAAUAAAUUCUACUACGAACUGACUGUCCUGCGAUUAUCGUUCGUCCUGAUUUACGUGGCUACAGUAUAUGGAAUAUGCACUAUCAUUUCUUACAUGAUCCCCGACAUUCCCAAGCAUGUUCUUGAUGCACGGAAGCGCCGGCGGUUUCUUGCGGAUCAAGCACUGCAGAGUACACCGGCAGCGGCAAACGAGGCGUAUCAGCGUGUAAAGGCAUCCAUUCAGGAGAACCCCAUGAGGAUUAAACCAUUGAAGCAUCAGUCCAAAUUCAAAAUGAAAGCAAAAAACUAUUAUGAUGACAAAGCGCGCAAAGCACGCCAAUAAAAUUGGGCUCACUUGAUACUUAUUUUUAUGGUUUUAUGAGUGUACUUUCUUGAACUGGAAAAAUAUCUGCUGGUUCCUUGAAUUCGCUUCAGAAGUUAAUCGUAUUAAUUUUUUCUAGUGUUUUAAUAG